GCGCAUCAACCUCCUGCCGAAGGGACUAACGAGCAGCGCAGACAGUCAGCUGAACAGCUCCGACGACAGUCUAUACAUGAACAGCCGAGCAGCGCUUCAUUCGCCCGCGCUCAGCCAUAGCAACCCGGAUCUAACAACGAUCGCCGCGGCGAUGACGGCAGGCGGUUACGGGGUCGAGGACGGGCGACCGGACUUCCCCGAACACGUGCUCAAGGUGUACAAAGCGGACCAGACGUACAAGUACCUGCUAGUGCACAAGGAGACGACGGCGAGGGAGGUGGUGAUGCUGGCGCUGCGUGAGUUCGGCAUCACAGACCCGAGCGGUGACUACUCACUGUGCGAGGUGUCCGUGGGUCACGGCGGAGUCAUCAAGCAGCGCCGGCUGCCGGACCAGCUGGGGGGCCUCGCCGAGAGGAUCCCGCUCGCGGCGCGGUACUACCUGAAGAAUAACAUGUGUACUGAGCAGCUGGUGGCGGACGACCUAGCACCGGAGCUACAGAAGGAGAACCAGCAGAACAUUCUGCAGCUGAAGUCGGUGGAAUUGCGGCUCAGCUGACGCUGCAUGACUUCUCCACUUCCGCCAGGUGGAGCCCGACGGAGUAUGUGACGACCUCUACAACCUUGGCUCGUCCUACGGAACGCCCAAGCUCACCGAGUUUGCCAAGACGGGCUGAACAAGGAGAUGUUUCUGGUCGUCGACGGAGUUUGUGCGAGAACUGAAACUUACUUGGCGUGCGAUGAAGGUCAUCAAACACUUUCGUGAAGAUCGCAGCGUCACUGCAAGGAGAGUCGUAACUUCAACUCGAUGUUUGCCAUCGUGAGCGGUCUCGGCCACGGCUCCGUCUCUCGCCUCCGCUCCGCAUGGGACAAGCUUCCCGGCAAAUAUCAGAAGCUGUUCGAGGACAUGCAAGACCUCAUGGACCCGUCGCGCAACAUGAGCAAAUAUCGGAACCUGCUCAACAGCGAACACAUUCAACCA